GAUAUGGACUAAAACCCAUAGACGAUAGAUCUAUAAACUAAUUAUAGGUCUAUGCAAAACCUGAUGGUCUGAUGCAUAGAUCAUAAUUCAUAUUUCAUAAUAUACUACCUAUAUUGUAUGUGAUCUAACUAUCUAAGGUCUGAAAUACUUUGAAUGGAUAUGCGCCAAGGACUUUAUCUUAGUCCGUGAUAUGCGCUUAAAAUCACUGAUAAGGCCCGUUAUCUAUGCUGAUAACUGAUACGAAUAAAUGAAGAUGUUCUGAAAUAAAGCGAUUUUUACCAAUUUCAUGUAGGUACCAUACUGUAUUUAAGUCAAGAAUUGCAGCGUUGCAUUACAAUAACUUUCAAAACAAUGUUUAGACGAGCCUGUGGUUCUAUUUUAUCCGGUGUUCGCCUUAUGCGUCCACAUCUAGAGAAUGUUUCAAGUAAAACUACAGGGUCUAAUCUAUUUGGUUCUUUAAAUAAGAACUUUAACAAUUUUGAAACAAAUAGGUUCUAUUCGUCCAUUUUAUCCUCCAAUUUUAAAUCAACAGAAGGAAUUGUGAACAAGAAUACACCUAUUCCUCGAUCCAGUAUAAUGUUUGAUUUCAAUCUUCAACAAAAGAGGAAUCUAACAAAGUUUUCAUUACAAAAAGGGAAAAGGAAAACUGUUAAAACAGUUGUUGAUCGAUUUUAUCGCCUGGGAUGGGGUAUAUGGAUUCGAACUAAAUGUGGACGACAAAAAAAGUUGUGGAAAAAACCAGCUGCUAGAAAACGAAGAUUGAGACAACACGUGUUUUGUAAUGCCAAACAGUCUACGCUUUUAGAUAAAAUGACAACAAAAUAUUGGAAGAAAAGAAGGUUUUAUCCAGAUGAUCCUUAUGAACCUUAUCAUGAUAGAGAAGAGUAUCCAUUUACUAGAAAAACUCCAAUAUCUUAGUGUAAUACAGUUGUAAUAUCUUUUAAGUGUUUGUAAGAAAUAUAGAAUUAACAUAUGCACAUAUAAUAAAAUAUAUUAGGUGUAUUUACAUUA